UUCAUAUAGAAAACACUUAUGUCUAAAGUAUAAAAUCCUUAUGACAAUAACUUCUUUUACAAGUUUCAGAAGAUUCUUCGGAGACAAGACAGAAAGUGUAUUUGUUGAAAUAGGAAAAUUGACUCUGUUCAACAUGGUUGAAAACAAGACUAGAGGUCAAGGUUUCGACAGACAUUGGUUUGUUAAAAAAGAGAGGGCUCUUCAAUUUCAAUGUGGAGUUUGCAGUAAUGUCGUCAAAGAUCCCUAUCAGAUUGUCAAAUGCGGUCAUCAUACAUGCCGUGAUUGUCUAUCACGUGAUCUUAAAGAUGUCAGGGAAUGUCCUGUGUGUAAUUUUGAAAUAAAAGACUUUAAAACGGAGAUUUUCCCGGAUACUUCAGUGAAAAUAAAAGUCUUCGGAUUGCUCAUAAAAUGUCCUGAUAAAAAAUGUAAAUGGAAAGGAGAGUUGAGACAGUUCCUCGAGAAACAUGAAAAUGAAUGCCCGUUUGGUGUGCUCAAAUGCCCAAAUGAGAAAUGCAAUGAACGAGUGACGAGAGAAGAUCUGAAGAAACAUUUAGAAACAUGCCCUUACAGAGAGAUAAAAUGUCCACAUUGUGGAAUAACUUUGUACUUUAAAGACGAGAAACGUCACUUGGAGGAGCAAUGUUUGAAAAUUCCAGUUGAUUGUGCUCAAGGAUGUGGAAAACAAAUUAUUAAAGAGCAGGCAAGUCGUUUUCAUACUUUAAGACGAGUAACUGAGGCCAGGCUUGCUAUUACCCAAAAUCCUAAUGAUAUCCAUCCAAACCCCUCUUACCUCCUCUCAACCCUCCAUACCCUCCAUCUUCUAAUGUCUAGCACGCUUCUCCUACAAAUAGUUUGCAUUAGAGUUCUUAAUAUUUCAAAUCGAACUAGCACUUCUCGAAAGAACAUUUUUCCCCAGAUCCAAGACCACAUAGAUAAUGAAUGUGAAAAUACGCUGAUCGACUGCAAGUAUAAAGACAUAGGCUGCGAUGAAUUGGUUGAACGUGGAAAUAUUGAAGACCAUGAAUCAUCAAAUGUUGCCUUGCAUCUGGCUAAAGGUGUUGAUGUAAUUAGAAACCUUAAAGAGGAAAAGCGAGCAUUGACCGAAAAACUGAGAAAGUUAGAUGAAAAGCACGAAAGUUUAGACAGGAAAAUGACGGACUCAAUAGAAACACAGAAAACACAUUCAAAUAAAAUAGAAUCUGAACUGAAAGAAUUUGUGAACACUGGAAAAUUAAGUCUAGAGAAUGUUAAAAAAGCCACUGAACAAAACUUCGAAAAUAACGAAAGAAAUGGCAUCGAGCUUGAGGAACAGAGAAACGAGUUACAACAUUUGAAUGAUAAUAUCAUUCCCGUUCUGAAGAACGAUAUUACGAUAAACGAAGAUGAAAUCAUUAAAUUGAUAGGAACUACCAACGACUUACAAAAUUUCACUGUAGCAUUUUACAACGAACUGAAACACGAACAUGAUGACCAGCGGCAGGUAAUGGAUGCAACUAUCGAUACUCUACGUCAUGAUCUCGUCAUAGAAAAAACCGAACGCAUAAAGAAUGAAAAUAAGACAGGUGAACAUUUGACUAAAGUGAACGCAAAAAUUGGAGACAAUAUAAGAAAAUUAAAACAAAUGCAAGGUGAGAUUUUGGUUUCACAAGAUGCAACAAAAGAAAAGUUUUCGCAGCAAUACAAACAAAUCCAGUCAAAUUACGAGAAUCUAUUAGAAAUGAUCAAAAAAGAGAAAAAGUUGACUGAUCAUAAAUUCAUGCGACUGACCAAUGACCGAACAACACUGAUCCGUAAACGUACUGGAGUGAGCUUAUGGCAAAUUGAGCAUGACGUUAAUCUUAAAUCCUCCUCUGAUUGUGUGACUGGCGAAACUUUUUAUUCUGAAGAGUAUGGUUAUCUGGUCCAACCAAAACUUUACUAUAACGGGGCAAGAGAGGAAGAUAGUGGUUAUAUUUCAGUGUUCAUACAAUUACUCCAAGGUCCUUACGACGCCAUAUUGCAAUGGCCUUUCAACAAACAUGUUCGAUUUACUUUGUUCGCGCAAGAAUGUAAGGGGACUGGAAAGAAUAUACAGAAAAUCCUCAUUCCACAAACUGAUGUUGAAGAGUUUCAACGACCAUCAGAGAAGGAGAACAUGGGAUUUGGACUGUUUAAAUUUGCAUCCCAUGAGAUUUUACAGUCUGGGAGUUAUGUAGUAAAUAAUACAAUGUUUUUAAAGAUUGAAAUACUUACAAAUAAUGAACUUUUUGAAACUAUUUGAAGAUUGUCUCCAUGAACGUCUUAGUGUAAAUUCUCGUAAUUUUGCCCGUAGUUAGUAAAAUAUAUGUCUUUCAUCUGCUGUGGAUUAAAAUCAUAUCAAAAUUUGUGCUUCCAAAA